AUGGAGCCCACAGCGGGUGACUUACAGCUUGUGCCUGGGGCGGCAAAGGAAGUCCCGGCUCCCGAUGCCACGUGCUGCCGUGUGGCCCUCUCCGCUGUGGUGGCCACUGGCAUUGUCAUGGUCACCCUGGGAGUCCUCGUGGCCUCCCUCUCUACACAGGGUGUCGACGUGGAGCACACGGCUGAGCUGCAAGGGGUCCAGUAUGCCCGUAGCUUGCAGCAAGAGACCUCAGAGUACUACCGCACGCUGACGCCCACUCUGGAAAGGCUGUUUGUGAGCAGCUUCCAGAAGACAGAGUUGGAGGCCAGCUGUGUGGGCUGUACCGUGCUAGGUUACAGGGAUGGGAAUUCCAGUGUCUUCGUGCAUUUCCGGCUACACUUCUUGCUGCAAGCCCUGCAGUCACUGAGCCUGGGCCUGGAGGAGGAGCUGUUGCAGCAGGGACUCAGAGCAAGGCUGCAGGGGCAUGGUAUCCCCCUGGCUGCCCACGGCACCAUCGUGUCCGCUGAGCUCACAGGCAAUCAGAAAGGGCCACUGACAGAAAGAGACUUAAAAUCAGCAGGUCACUGUCCAGGGAACACCUUUUCCUGCCAGAACAGCCAGUGUGUGACCAAAGUGAACCCGGAGUGUGACGACCGAGUGGAUUGCUCCGAUGGAUCUGAUGAGGCCCACUGUGACUGCGGUCUACAGCCUGGCUGGAAGACGGCCGGCCGGAUUGUGGGCGGCAUGGAAGCGUCCCCCGGGGAGUUCCCGUGGCAAGUCAGCCUUCGAGAAAACAAUGAACACUUCUGUGGGGCUGCCAUCGUCGGGGCCCGGUGGCUGGUGUCUGCAGCCCACUGCUUCAACGAGUUCCAAGACCCGAGGGAGUGGGUGGCCUACGCGGGCACGACGUACCUCAGCGGGGCCGAGGCCAGCACGGUGCGGGCGCGCGUGGCCCGCAUCCUCCCGCACCCUCUCUACAACGCGGACACGGCCGACUUCGACGUGGCGGUGCUGCGGCUGGACAGGCCCCUGCCUUUCGGCAGGCACGUCCAGCCCGUGUGCCUCCCCGCAGCCACGCACGUCUUCCCGCCCCGGAGGAGGUGCCUGAUCUCCGGCUGGGGCUACCUCAGGGAGGACUUCCUGGUGAAGCCAGAGACGCUGCAGAAAGCCACCGUGGAGCUGCUGGACCAGGGCCUGUGUGCAAGUCUUUAUGGCCACUCACUCACCGACAGGAUGGUGUGUGCCGGCUACCUGGAUGGGAAGGUGGACUCCUGCCAGGGUGACUCAGGAGGCCCCCUGGUCUGCGAGGAGCCCUCCGGCAGGUUCUUCCUGGCCGGCAUCGUGAGCUGGGGUAUUGGCUGUGCGGAAGCCCGGCGUCCCGGGGUCUAUGCCCGCGUGACCAGGCUGCGGGACUGGAUCCUGGAGGCCAUCACCAUGGUGAGCAAGCCUCUGGCCCCCACCAUGGCUCCCGCCUCUGCCAGCCACAGCACCGCCGGGCCCACCAGUCCCGAGAGCCUGGUGGUCCACACCCCCGCCAGACCCACGCGGGGCCCCAGCACGGCGCCUCCUGACUCAGGGACAGCCUCUAAGCCACAAGAGUGUGGGGCCAGGCCCGCCAUGGAGAAGCCCACGCGGAUCGUGGGCGGGCUGGGAGCCGCCUCUGGGGAGGUGCCCUGGCAGGUCAGCCUGAAGGAAGGUUCCCGGCACUUCUGCGGUGCGACCCUGGUGGGCGACCGCUGGCUGCUGUCGGCUGCCCACUGCUUCAACCACACGAAGGUGGAGCUGGUGCGGGCCCACCUGGGCUCCGUGUCCCUCGCGGGCGUUGGUGGAAACCCGGUGAAGAUGGAGCUCAGGAGGCUGGUGCUGCACCCCCAGUAUGACCCUGGUGUCCUGGACUUCGACGUGGCCAUCCUGGAGCUGGCCAGGCCCCUGGGUUUCAACAUGUUCAUCCAGCCCGUGUGCCUGCCCCUGGCCAUCCAGAAGUUCCCCGUGGGCCGCAAGUGCAUGAUCUCUGGAUGGGGUAACACGCAGGAGGGCAACGCCACCAAGCCCGACAUUCUACAGAGAGCGUCCGUGGGCAUCAUAGACCAGAAGGCCUGCAGCGCCCUCUACAACUUCUCCCUCACGGACCGGAUGCUGUGCGCCGGCUUCCUGGAGGGCAAGGUCGACUCCUGCCAGGGCGACUCUGGCGGACCCCUGGCCUGCGAGGAGGCCCCCGGGGUGUUUUACCUGGCGGGGAUCGUGAGCUGGGGGGUCGGCUGUGCUCAGGCCAGGAGGCCCGGCGUGUACACUCGCGUCACCAGGCUGAAGGGCUGGAUCCUGGACACCAUGUCCUCAGGCCCCCUGCCCAGCCCUCCCCCGCCCACCCCGGGACCCCCGCCUGCCACCAGGCCUUCCUCCAGGACGGCGGCUGGCCCCACGGUCCCGGGGGUCCUGGCCAGCAGAGCCACCCUCCCGGCCACCAGCAGGGCGACCAGCCAACCUGCCAGCAGGACCGCCACCACCGUGAGCACAGCUGCAGGGGGACAGACGCCACCUCCAAGCUCCCCUGGCACCACUGUGGGCUUCCAGCCACCAGGCUGCGGCCUGGCACCCGUGGCAGCGAUGACCAGGAUCGUGGGCGGCAGCGCCGCGGGCCGCGGGGAGUGGCCGUGGCAGGUGAGCCUCUGGCUGCGGCGCCGGGAGCACCGCUGCGGGGCCGUCCUGGUGGCCGAGAGGUGGCUGCUGUCGGCGGCGCACUGCUUCGAUGUCUACGGGGACCCCAAGCAGUGGGCGGCCCUCCUGGGCACGCCGUUCCUGAGCGUCGCCGGGGGGCAGCUGCAGCGCGUGGCGCGCAUCUACAAGCACCCCUUCUACAACCUCUACACGCUCGACUACGACGUGGCGCUGCUCGAGCUGGCGGGCCCCGUGCGCCGCAGCCGCCUGGUGCGGCCCAUCUGCCUGCCCGAGCCCACGCCGCGGCCCCCCGACGGCGCGCGCUGCGUCAUCACCGGCUGGGGCUCGGUGCGCGAGGGAGGCUCGAUGGCGCGGCAGCUGCAGAAGGCGGCCGUGCGCCUCCUCAGCGAGCAGACGUGCCGCCGCUUCUACCCAGUGCAGAUCAGCAGCCGCAUGCUGUGCGCCGGCUUCCCGCAGGGCGGCGUGGACAGCUGCUCGGGUGACGCUGGGGGACCCCUGGCCUGCAGGGAGCCCUCUGGCCGGUGGGUGCUAACUGGUGUCACCAGCUGGGGUUACGGCUGCGGACGGCCCCACUUCCCGGGUGUCUAUACUCGGGUGGCUGCCGUGAGAGGCUGGAUCGGGCAGAACAUCCAGGAGUGA